CUCGUUGACCGAAGAGCAAGUCUCCGAGUACAAGGAGGCUUUCUCCCUCUUCGACAAAGAUGGCGAUGGUUAGUGAUCCCGCUAUACUCUAAAUUUAAUGCCUCUUUACCCCGCCUAUCGAUUGGUUCCGACCGUGAUAUGAUAUUCGCUGUUGAGAUAAUGCUUUUCUGGUUAACGACACAAUACUGAUGGAUUUCCGCGAUUACAGGCCAGAUCACCACCAAGGAGCUGGGUACCGUCAUGCGCUCGCUGGGCCAGAACCCCUCCGAGUCGGAGUUGCAGGACAUGAUCAACGAGGUCGACGCUGACAACAACGGCACCAUCGAUUUCCCUGAAUUCCUUACCAUGAUGGCACGGAAGAUGAAGGACACCGACUCCGAGGAGGAGAUCCGGGAAGCUUUCAAGGUCUUCGAUCGCGACAACAACGGUUUUAUUUCUGCCGCGGAGUUGCGCCACGUUAUGACCUCCAUUGGCGAGAAGCUCACCGAUGACGAAGUUGACGAGAUGAUUCGCGAGGCUGACCAGGACGGUGACGGCCGUAUUGACUACAACGAAUUCGUUCAGCUCAUGAUGCAAAAAUAAACGUUUCUCCC